AUGGUCUUCAAAGCAGUUUCUGUCAACUACGAAAGACCCCCCCUCUUUACCGGUUCCUGUUCCUUAGGCCCAGCCGGCAGUUUGUCCCCGCCUCGGAGCGUUACCCAGCGGCUCUGCAGAGGAAUAGGCAGGAGAGCCGGCAGAGGAGGCAGGCUGAGCUCCUCGCUCUGCAGGAGAGGACCUGCCUGUCCAGGGCCGAACCCCCUCCUCCUCAGCAGCGGGAGCUUUCUGUCCCCUCCAACCCCACACACACCAGAACCAGUCCCACCAGGAAGGUGGAGAGUGUUUCCAGAGGACUCAGCAUUGCUGCAGCCGUCAGCCCUGAGAGGGGGCGCUCUCCCCCCCUCCCCGCUGUCAGACUCAGAGUCCAGGGACAGCCGGUGCCUCCUUCCUCCUCCUCUCCUCCUCUGGAGUUCAUUCCUUACGUCCGCACUGAUGAAGUCUUCAACCUGGACCCACUGGAGCCUGCUGACACCCCCCCGCCUCAAACACACACAGAAGCUCCUCCGAUCUCAGCGUCUCCUCCCUCACAUCGACUCCUCCACCCUGAACUGCUGCGCCAUACACACACACACCGACAGCAGGAGAUCCUCCGAGGCCUGGCCCAGCUACGGCAGGUAAUACAC